GUUUUUAUGCAUCGUCGUUCGUAAGGGGGCGAACGCUGAGCAGUUGGUGUGCUUGUGGGUCUAAUCCCUGUUGGACAUCAGCAACCUAGUUUGGCUCUGAAAUUUGUGAUUUGCAGAGAAAGCAGUUGAUCACUGCAGGCAGUGUAGAUAGAUAAUGGAUACAGAUAACGAGCAGCAGGAAGAAGAGACCACUUUCAGCCCAGAGAGCAACGGCAAGCGUCCUGCACAGGAUGGUGACGACGAGCCGACCUAUAAACGCUCUCGAAAGUCUGAUGAUAUGGUGGAGCUGCGUGUGUUGCUACAGAGCAAAAAUGCAGGAGCUGUGAUCGGAAAGGGAGGCAAGAACAUCAAAGCUCUGCGCACUGAUUACAAUGCCACUGUGUCAGUCCCAGACAGCAGUGGGCCCGAGCGGAUCCUGAGUAUCAGUGCGGACAUCCCAACUGUAGCUGAAAUUCUGCUGAAAAUCAUCCCCACAUUAGAGGAGUACCAACAUCACAAAGGUUUGGACUUUGACUGCGAGUUGAGGCUGCUGAUUCAUCAGAGUUUAGCAGGCAGCAUCAUUGGUGUAAAGGGAGCCAAAAUCAAAGAGCUACGUGAGAGCACCCAGACAACCAUCAAGCUGUUCCAGGAGUGCUGCCCUCAGUCAACUGACCGUGUAGUGCUCAUUGGGGGCAAAGCAGAAAGGGUUGUCCAGUGUAUUAAGACCAUGCUGGAGCUCAUUGUAGAGGCACCAAUUAAAGGUCGUGCCCAGCAGUAUGACCCCAACUUCUAUGAUGAAACAUAUGACUAUGGUGGGUACACCACAAUGUAUGAGGAGCGCGGCCGUCGUCCAAUGGGAGGCUUCCCCUCACGGGAUCGUGGUGGCGGAGGCGGGUUUGACCGCAUGCCACCCCGCGGUGGGCGUGGAGGUCACCAUAUGCCACCCAGCAGGAGAGAUUAUGAUGACAUGAGCCCACGCAGAGGCCCCCCACCACCCCGAGGAGGAGGCCGAGGAGGGGGCAGACCUCCACGGAAUAUGCCCAUGGGACCGCCCCACCACCGCAGAGGUGACGACCAGUACUACAGCUCCCACCGCAGCCACUCAGACGACAGACACGGGGACAGGAGAGGGAGACCCCGGGACCGUUAUAGUGGCAGCAUGAAUGAUGGCGGAUAUGACAACUCCUCCUCUUGGGACAACUAUCAGUCUGGUGGAAGGGGUAGCUAUGGUGAUAUGGGAAGCCCUGUCAUCACAACACAAGUGACAAUUCCCAAAGAUUUGGCGGGGUCAAUCAUUGGAAAGGGAGGCCAGAGGAUCAAGCAGAUCCGCCAUGAAUCCGGAGCAUCGAUCAAAAUUGACGAGCCGCUCCAGGGCUCUGAAGAUCGCAUCAUUACCAUCACGGGGACCCAGGACCAGAUUCAGAACGCACAGUACCUGUUACAGAACAGCGCUCUCCACCUCCUGAGACACCACCACGACUAACCCGGCCCAUCCCCACUUCUCUCAGGACCUCCAGCCCACUGCAGCUCUGCUCCACUCCAGCUCCUCGCUCCAAGCAGUGCUGCCUGACUCCUAGCACACGAGACCUGUUUGUGAAAACUCUUCUCCAUCUUCUUGUAUGCUACAAAAACUUAUAUUUUCUGGUUGAGUAUUUCCAACCCUGUGUGAAGGAUAUAUUCAGAUAUCCUCCAAACUUCUUAUCUUUGUUAAAAUGCCAAGCAAAAUAUUUUUUUUUUAAAAUCUCUGAUUUUGUUAGAAGGGCCACACUUCCAGUGCUUCACAGAAUCACCGUAUUAGGUUUUUGCUAGAUGUUGUGCAGGUCCUUUAUUUCUUUCAAGUCAGCUUUCUGUUUGCAAUUGGAACAGCUGUGAGCAUUUUCUUUCUUUUUCUCAACCAACCAUCCUGAAUGAGUCCAGAAUGUACACAGAAAUCUGGGAUUUUUUUUAUGAUUUUUUAAAAAAAAAAAAAGAAAACUGCUUACUUUUCUCUCUUACUGAGUUAAAGAAACUUUAUUGGGGCUGUGUGGAGAAAAUUAUAUGUAAAUAUUCAGUGAUUUAUAUGAAAAGAAAAUCAAUAUAUUCACCAGAAUUCCCGUACCUGUCCUGUCAGUGUGUUGGUGUUUCCUCUGCCGUAGAAUUCCAGGCUUUAUCGCAGCUCCUCCGCUGGAAGCCGUGAUGCCUGGAGAAAUGAUUUAGAUGUUGGUGAUCUGUGUAUCCCUUUUUUUUUUUCUCCAGUCUGUCGCUGGGUUUUUAAAACCCAGUAUUUAUUAAAUUUGCUCUACCUCUGGAAUUUUUGUAGGUCUGCCACUCUAGAAUUAGGCCCACAGUCAUUUCCCCUCCCCUUUUCAUUUUUCUUUCUGACUUAUUUUGAGGAAAGUGGAUAUGAAGUUAUGCUUUAGAUUGUAUUGUCAGGGCACAGCAGCAAUUGUGGGUUUCCUCCCGCCCUCCUUUUUUCUUUUUCUUGUUUUCAUAUUUUUAUUUUAUUUUUUUACUCAAUGUCUUUGAAAUUCCUCUCCCAGACACAUUUGAAGAAUUUUGUCCUUUGUCUGACAUAAUAAAGAGAUGCCAGUUUUUAUGAAUUGUUA